AUGAACGCCCUCGCUUUUCGCCUCUCGACCUCGGACCUCUCUUUCGCGACCUUUGUCAUCAUAUCGCUCAUCAUCGCUCUCGCUGUCGCUAUCUCCGUCGUCGACAUCCUCUGGGUGGCAAGAGCCUUUCUCAACGCCAGCUGGCCAAAGAUCUGGCCCGUCCACCUCCUCCGCCUUGGCGUCGCCUUUCUUCACACCACCCUCUACCUUCCGGCACUAUUGCUGCUCAUCGAUCCGCUCCGCUGCAACUAUGCGGCCUCUCCUCCGGUCCUGGCCCGAUUCGAACACAUCGAGUGUACCUCGCUCGCUGUCAUUGCCCUCAUCGCCGUCCGCUACCUCGCCGCUCUCUCACUCUUUGUCUGCGCCUCGCUGCUGGCUCUCGUCAACUUUCAAGAGUCGCCCACAUCGUCGCACAUCCUUGCCCGCCCGCACUCGCGCGUCGAGGCUCUGCUCCACCUCGCCAAGACCGCCAUUGCCCUCAUCACCGUCCUCGUCCCGGGCCCGCUGGCUAUCGCCUACGCCGUCACCCUCCUCGCCGCUGCAGCUGCUGUCGUCCUCUUCCGCUUCCUCCCGCACUACUCGGUCCGCGUCACGGCCUUUCGUACAGGCACCUACGCCGCCGUCGCAAGCCUCGGUCUCGUCGCCAUCGUCCGCCUUCAUCUGAGCCCGAAGAAUCCCUCGGCGCAGCUCAACAUGCUUUUCCUCAUCUCGCUCGCCGCCCCAGUCUUUGGCUACCUCGUCGCCGGCGCCGCCACCCUCCGCCGCAUCGCCUCGCUUCGUGCCUCGGCAGCCGCCUUUCUGGCCGCGCAGUCUGCCAUCUCGCCGCGCUCGUCGGCCUCCUCAGACGCGCCCCGGUCGUCGUCGCCCAGCUCGAGCGCCGCACCCGGUCACACCUUUGCUACUGCCGCAGACGUCGAACUCCUUGCCCGCGCCGCUAUCACACAAACCCUCGCCGCCCGCCGCUCGCACUCCACCGCCGCUGUCCGCCCUCACGAUGGCCUGCACGUCUCGCAGGCCGUCGCCGACAUUUCAACCAUCUACACCUGCGGCGUCGAGCAGUACCCCAACUCGCCGUACCUUAUGCUGACACUGACGUCGCUGAUGGCAAGCCUCGGCGAGAUGGACGAGGCCCACUCGACGCUCGACGUUCUCCGCAGGCUCCGCCUCGCCCACGUCGCGCACCUCGAUCACGCCUUUGGCGUCUACCGCAAGACACAGGACUUUAUCCGCCGCGUUCACGCCGCCUCAAUCUCGGCCUCGGCUCCGGCAGACUCGGGCAGCGCGCCCACCACCGCCGCCUUUGACCUCCUCACCUACAUUCGCUUCAACGAGAACCUCCGCGUAGCGCAGACCCAGCAUGCUCGUGCGCUCUCUGCUGUCGCUCACUUUUGGUCGCUCCUCCACGUUCCCGACGCCCGCGCCGCAGACCGCGCCGUCUUCCUCGCCCGCGCAGACGCCCAUGUCGCAGACAUCCGCUCCGCCGCCCUCGUCGCAGACGCCCGCUACCGCUCGCUCGUCCGCUCCCAUCCGGACUCGCUCCCGCUCCUUGUCUCGUACGCCCACUUUCUCGAGGACGUCCGCCACGAUCUCAAGCGCGCUCACGUCCUCUACUCGCGCGCCGCCGCCCUCGCCCGCGCCGACAACGCCCGCCGCGCCGCCGCCACCCUCGAGCGCGCUUCCGCCCCGCGCGGCGCGACAAAUCUCGAUGGUCACGGCGCCGCCGCGCCCGCCGCCGCCGGCGAGCGCAUCUCCACCUUUAGUCAGAUCAACGAUGCCGUUGACGCCGUCCUCACCAUCGCCCGCGAUGGAACCGUCACUUGGUGCAAUGCCAACGCGCUCUCGCUCCUUGGCUACUCGCUCGCCUCGCACCUCGUCGGCCGCAACAUCUCCGUCAUCGUCCCGCCGCCCUUUGACCUCGCUCACGAUGCCUUCCUCGCCCGCUAUCACACCACUGGCAAGGCACACAUCCUCGGCCGUGGCCGCCGCAAGCUCGAGGCCGUCGACGCCUCGGGCGUCCUCAUUCCCAUCUUCCUUUCCGUCACCGCCCUCGAUGGCACCACAGAGGCCUCGCUCGGCACCGCCUACGUCGGCGUCCUCGCCCCGCGCGACGUCGCCGGCGAAAUCCUCUACCUCGCCCCUGUCGGCCCCGACGGUGCCCUCGCCGUCAUCGCCGCCUCGCCCGACGCGCCCGCCGUCUUCAAUCUCGCCUCGCACGCCAUCCUCCUCUCCAUCUCCCCCGCCGCCCUCCUCCCGGCCCUUGCAGACCUCGUCGCCGCCGCCGACUCCCAGGGCCCGGCUCGGGGCAAGGUCUGCCCGGUCUCCGCAGCAGCAGCCCCACUGGUCUCCGGCGCGGUCAUCGCCCGCCCUACCGCCGUCCGCCAAGCCAACAGCACCGACUCGGCCUCCUCCGUCGCCAUGGCCAGGAUCCAGAAAAUGGAGGCAGGCGGUCGCGUGGUGUACAAGCUCGAGCUUGAGUCGCUCAGCGACGCCGUGGCCCAGGUCGUGGUCUCGCGCGACGGCCGCAUCCUCCAAGCCGGUCACCCGCUCCUGGCAGCCAUGGUCGGCCUGCCCGAGGCCGCCCUCCUCGGCAAGCCCAUCACUAACCUUCUCUCCGUCGCUCAUGACGCCCAGCCGGGCCAUGUCACCUCGCACACCCCGCGCGCCGUUGUCGCCCAGCUCGCCUCAGCCCCGGCCUUUGCGCCGCUCCCGCUCCACCUCAUCACCAGCGACGGCGAGUUGGUGCCGGCUGCGGCCUCGGCGUCGCGGCUGGCCUCGGUCGCCGAUGACGCUACCGCGUCCGACGAUCGCUGGACCAUCGCCCUCGCCCUCUCGCCACGGGCUCUCCUCACUCCGUCGUCGCACUCGCGCCGCUCGUCGGCGGUCUCGAACCACUCGCCGCACGGCUCGCUCGGCCUCGGCCGCUCAGCUUCCAUCGACGCCCAGUACAAAGCCGCGCGGGCGACAACGCCCAAGACGCCCAAGUCGCUUGGCGCCACGCCGCGGACCCCGUCGUCGUCGGCCCGGGCUCCUAUCGCCGUCCCCUCCGCCGCUCACCACGCCCGCCGGGUCGAGCGCAAGCUCCGCGCCCCGGGCUCGGCCGACCAGGUCAUGCUACUUCGCCGCAUGGCCUUAGCCGGCUCGCAGACUCGGACUCGCCUCUGCGUCCUCCUCCUCGGCAUCGUUGCGUUUGUCAUUGCCGUCGCUAUCGCCGCCGUCAUCCUCGGCCUCCGCGUCGAGCGCCACGCAGCCCGCGCCGCCGUCGCCGCCGCAAAGCCGGCAUCCUUUGCCGCCUACGCCGUCACCUCGGUCAACGCAACAGACGCCGAAUCUCUCGCCGCAGCCCAUGCCGCAGCCGCCACCCUCCACGCCCGAAUCCUCACCGGCGCCGGAGGCCUGCCGGCCCUCGCCGAUCUCAGCGGCUCGGGCGCAUCCGCCGUCCGCGCCUGCAUCGUGAACCCGGCGCCCGAGCUCGCCCCAGCCUCGAUGUCGCUCCUUGAUGUCGAGGCGCGGCUCCUCGACCCCAACGUACCGCUUGGCUUUAUCAACGCCACUCUGGCCUCUCCGGGUGUCUUUGAAGUCAUGUCCCGCUGCCUCGCCGCCGAGGUUGCGGCCGUCGCCGCCCUCGAGCGCUCGACGGCCUCGGCAUUUGCCAUCGUCGUCGGCAUCGGCGCAGGCCUCGCCGCGCUCACCCUCCUAGCCCUCCUCGGGCCCUCGGUCCGCGGCGCCAUUCGCAACCGCGCAGGCGCGUGGAGCCUCUUCCUCGCUCUUUCGCAGCCGGCCAUCGCCGCCCAUCUCCGCUACCUCCGCGCCGCCACCCGCAGACUCGCCUCGGACGAUCUCAGCUCCUUUGACGCCGACGACAACUACGAGUUGUACUUUGACGAGGCGUCAGCGCCCGCAGCUACGCCACCGCUGGCUUCGCCGCGCAAUGAGGCCAUGAUCACCCGCUACUACGGCCCGCCGUCGAACAACUCGCGCUUUGGCGGGCCCGUCCCGCGUGUCUCCUUCAGGCUCCCGCUCGGCUCGCCGACCUCGUCGUCCUCGACAGGUGCCGCUGCUGCCGCCGCUGCCCUCCUCGCCCACCAUCCGACUGCCAACAAGCGCUCGUCAGAGUUGCCAGCCUCGCCGCCGCAUGAUGACAACGCCACCGACAACGACGCCACCGGCGAGCCUCCCAAGUCCACAUCUAUGCCUCUGCUGCGGACUAUGGCGCCGCAGCCGCGCGUGGCUGCUACCGGCUCGGCGCUACUGCCCCGUCACGGCAACGCCCACGACCGCAAUCGCGAUCGCUCCGACCCGCACAUCUCCACCUCGUCGAUCCUCUCCGUCGUCUCGUCGUCGACCACGGGCUGUCCACAUUCGCAUAUGUGUCCCACGUCGACCUCCUCCUCGCCCUCGACCUCCACUUCGUCGUCGGCAUCCUCGGCAGUUUCCACGUCGUCGUCGUCGUCGUCGUCGUCGUCGUCGCUCCCGCGACAGAAUGAGGCGGCGGUCGAAAUGAUGUCAGCUUCCAACAACAAGUCGCCGAUCCUGGUCUCGCCGAUGGCCUCGCCUGUGGUCUCGCCGCGGGAGACAGCGACAGCGGUCGGUUUGUCGGUCAUGCCUGGGCAGCGACGAAUGGCCAUCAUGGUGUACGCCUAUCUCUGCGCCAUUGUGGCUGCGGUGGUCGUCAUCCUCGUCGCCGCCCUCUGGGCCCUCGUUCCGCUCCUCACCACCGGCUACCUCCUCCCGAUCUUGGAGGCCAACGGCAGCCGAUGGGCUGCGGUGUCGGCGGGCAAGGUAGCGUUGGCUGGCAACGCUCACCAGUUGUCGCGAGCUGAAUGGCUCGCUGCCGCCGAGCAGGCCAUGCUUGUGGCGUACACCUCGCGGGAUCAUCAUCCACUUGUCGGUCAGCUUGUGCUCAAUCAGUUCUACGCCGUCCACGCCGCCAUCAACGCCGUCGUCGACGCCCUCGGCACAGGCGCGGGUCCUGCAGCCGUCCACAUUGCAGCGUCGGCCUCUUCGGGCGUCGAGUCACUCCAAGCCACCAUCACCUCCAACUUUGGCACCAACAUGGUUGCCAUUCCCUUUGUCGUCCUCUUUGUCCAGCUCUUCCUCCUUCUCUGCAUCUACACCGCCGUCUCCAAGCUCGCCCACCACGAGACCUCCAAGACCCGCUUCGUUGUUCAUCUCAUUCCGUCACACCUCUCGUCGACCGCCAUGACCUCUGCUAUCCGCACCCGCCACCCGCACGCCCAGCCCUAA